AUGUAUCCAUCAGGAAAAUGGAAUGAUAUUUGCUGUGAUGAGACAUUUUCAGUUGCUUGCUAUAAUGGAAGCGCUAAAGGUGACCAGAGAUACAUCCUGAUUAAUGGUGCAAAGACAUGGAAAGAUGCUCAGAGAUACUGCAGAGAGAAUUAUACAGACCUGGUCAGUGUGAGGAAUCAGACUGAGAAUGAUCUCAUACACAACAUGACUAGAAAUGGAACCUGUGUGUGGAUCGGUCUGUACAGAGACUACUGGCAGUGGUCAGACCAGAGAAACUCCUCAUUCCGCUACUGGGCACCAGGAAAACCUACUAAUUAUGAUGGGAAUGAGAAGUGUACUGUAGCCUCGAUCACACAGACACUCAAUGGAACAUGGGAUGAUCGACAGUGUGGUGAAAAACACCCGUUCCUGUGUUAUUAUGACGACCUCUUGAUGUUGGUCCAGGAGAAUAAGACCUGGAAUGAAGCCCUGAACUACUGCAGAAAGAACAACACAGACCUGGUGUCUGUCCACGAUGAGAAGAUCCAGCACUGGGUGGAGAGGAAGGCUAGAAAUGCCACCAGUGCCCAUGUGUGGUUGGGUCUGCGCUUCUCCUGUACUUUGAGCUUCUGGUUCUGGGUCAGUGCAGAACCUGUCUGCUAUGACAACUGGUUCCUAGGUAAUGGGACUGGAACUGGACACUGUGGAAACACUGGGGCUGUACAAUCUAGAGGAGAACAUCGGUGGGUCAGUCUGCCUGAGACUCAGAAACUCAACUUCAUCUGUGUCAAAUGUCCAUACCAAGAGGAGAUGAUCAUUCCCGACACCGUAACAAGAUUGCAGUGCUCCUCCACAUCUGGUCCCUUGAUGGUCUCACUCUCAACGCAUCCAAAAUCGAAAGUGGGUGAGAUCUCAGUUUCGGCCCUCAUCCGGGGGAUUGAACUCCCCCUACCCCUCAGUACUGCUGAAUCCUUCACACCAUUCAAGGAGGCUCUUUAA